AUGAAAAUGACUAAAAUGUUUGGAAAUAUACGGAAUAUUGUCAAAUAUUCAAUUCGCAUUUACAGUAACAAUGUUCAGCCCAUUACAACUACCAAAAAACCUUGGAAAGUGCUAUUUUUUGGCAGUGAUGAGUUCUCUUUAUAUAGUUUAAAAGCUGUUUUAAAUCAAUACAAAAAUAGUUCAGGUAUGUUCAGUCGACUAGAAGUUGUAACAUGCUCCCAGCUAAAUCCCAUUUGGAAAUUUUCAAAAGAACAUAAACUACCAUGUCAGAAAUGGCCCCCUGAUUUGGCAGGAUGUGAAUACGAUUUGGGUUUAGUGGUCUCUUUUGGGCAUUUAAUUCCAAAGCAGAUAAUCAGUAAAUUUCCAUUAGGUAUGCUCAACGUCCAUGGUAGUCUAUUACCCAGAUGGAGAGGAGCCUCCCCAAUUGUUUACGCCUUAGCUAAUGGCGAUAAGGAAACUGGUGUCACAAUAAUGAGAAUUAGACCGAACAAAUUUGAUGUAGGGGAAAUUCUUUAUCAAGAAAAAAUUGCCAUUUCCCAUGAUAUUGAAAUGCCGGAGUUACAUGAACAAUUAGGCAAAUUAGGAGCUAAAUGUUUGAUAGAUACUUUAUGGAAUAUUGAUGAGAGAUUGGCAAAUAGUGUACCUCAGCCUUCUGAAGGAGUUACUUAUGCUCCUAAAAUUUCACCAGAUUUUGCCAAAGUAAAAUGGAACACUUCAACAGCAAAGGACUUAUACAACUUGCAAAGAGCUCUCAAAUCCAUCCAUCCUCUAAAAACAUCCUGGAAUUCAAUUCCAGUCAAGUUAUUUGAUGCUGAAAUUUGGCCUAAAGAUGAAGAACAUCGAAAUCCUGGAUUUGUUGUUUAUAGUAAAAAAAAUAAAUUAUUACUAAUAGAAUGUGCGAAUAGAACAUGGAUAAGUGUAAAAAAAGUGGGCGUUCAGGGUAAAAAAAUAAUGAACGCAGCAGACUUUCAUAAUGGUUUUAUAUCAAAAGUUCCUGAAAAUACAAUAACAUGUUUUGUGUAA